UUUAGCACGUGAUCUAAACUAGUAGUAGUCUACGGAGAAAAUGGUUAUGGAUAUGGAUUUACCGGUAUCCAAAAUGUCGUAUUUCCUCAUUGUAUUUUACAUUUUUGCUUGUGUGCAGUCUGCUUUGUCAGAAUGUUCAGUGGCGUCGCCAUCAGAAAACAAGUAUCUUGAACUGAUUGAGCCGUUAAAAGGAAAAACAGUGGAAGUCACAGAUACUGCAAAAAACUACACUUAUAAGGUUGGCUUCUGUGAGGGUAUCGGAGGUCUGGGCACAGACGAUGUAGAUGUAGGAGUUGAGCAGUAUACGUUGGCUAAAGUAGCUCUUCAUGCUGUAGGGAGAACAACUGCCACUAACAUCAUGGCUGGAACUAACUGGAUCUUUCUUGAAUACCGAGAUGGAGAUUUGUAUAACCACAAUUGUAAUGGAGAAGCAAGGAGAGCAACCAUCUUUAUUAUGUGUGACCCAAGUGGACUUCUUGUAAAUCCAGUUUUGGUUGAAGAAAAUAAUUUCAGGGAUAAAGAAUGUGCCUAUGUUUUUGAAGUAGGAAGUUCAGUGGCUUGCUCUAAUUCAACAUCAGCGCCUUCAUCAUCAUCAGGAAUCGGUGUUGGUGGAAUUAUCGUCAUUACAGUUUUAACAAUAGCUGCAGCUUACCUUAUCCUAGGGGUUGCAUAUAAGAGGUUUUUCUUGAGAGCCAAAGGAAGAGAGCAGUUUCCACACAUAGAUUUCUGGACGAACUUUGGUAACUUGACAGCAGAUGGCUGUGAUUUUGUUUGUCGAUGUAACAAGAAGCAACACUCGAAGAGUUACAAAGGGCUAGGAGACGACCAACUUGGGCUAGAUGAGGAGGAAGAGAGAGAUGAAAAUAUCUUACCCAUGUAGGCAUAACAUUUCCACAUUAUCAGUACUCUGUUGCAUGUAUUACUUUUCUAUAUUUAGUUUUGACUGAAUGUAUAAAUCAGCUCGCAUUUUCCUAUAUUGUUUAUUUUAGGUAUCACUCUAUAGUGUUAUUUCUAUUAGAUGAUUUUUUUAGAUUUAAUGAAGACAUUCCUUUAAUAGACUAGAUUGUUUGAAUCAGAUUUUUAUAAUAAAUUAUUCUUUGGUAUUAAUUUCAACUAUGUAUAUGUUUAAAUCUAAUCACAAGUCUUUAAAGUAUUAAAGAUAUGAUAUUAGCUUCAUGCACUGCAAUUUUGUGUUACAAAUCAUUUAUACUUGAAAUGAGAUGAGGCCUAAAAGUUUCAUACAAUAUUUCUGUAAUGGAACUACAUGAAUGGUAAAACAUAGAUGUGGGUAUUAUUCUGAAAGCACAAAACAUUUUUACUCCAAGCCACUCAAGAAGAAAGGGUAUAUUUUAUCCUUAUUGCAUUUCACUUCAACCCAUUGCCUACUGGACCCUGGUGGUUCUUGUAUUAAUCCUAUGAGGAAUAUUAGAAUUCAGCAGUCAACCGGUUAAUCACCUUCUCUAUUCAUACGGCAUGGGAUUUCAUAUCAUUAGAUACAGGUUAUUCAUGAUGUUGUCCUUUUCUGUCUUGAGAGAAUCAUGAGCUCUUUUGGUGAAACAGAAUGCAUUCCUGCUUAAGCAUCAUUUUUGUGUUCCAAAGUUGCUUCCAACGAUAGAAUUAUAAAACAUGUAUGUACAUUUGAUAUACCAUAGUAUAAAUUUACUCCAAAUGAUGUAAAUCUCUUUGUUCUGAGCCGCAAUGUACAUGAUCUUAAUCCAUACCGAUGAUCUGAUGCAAUAUAUGAAGCACACUGGUUGUUAUUGCAGGUAUUGAUCAUGCACUCUCAGCAUCUAGGAGCCACCAAGGUUUAAGUCAAGCAAGGCACCAAGACAAUGUCACUGGAUUUCACUCGUCAGGUGAUUUUGUGUUGUCCCGUGCCAUCCCUGAUUGAAAUGCAAUGCACGGAUGUAUUACAGUUAAAGCCUUAGGCCCUGUUCAUACAAGCAUACUAACUUUAAUCCAGGUUUAAACCCAGACUAAGUUACAAGAGAUGUUUUUUCAUCAAUUUAAGAAUUGCCAAGUGUCAGCUCUUGGUCCGGUAUUACAAAAUGACCAUAAAUCUGUAACUAAA